AUGUCAAAUGAGAGGAUAUUGUUAAAUCAGUUGAUCAAGAGUAAAACCGACACUGUUGGUAGUGAACUAUUAAAGGAGAUUGAGAGGAAUGAUGAAUAUAUAAAAGAAGUGCAGUUAAAGAAGCUCAAAGAGCUUCAUGAUAAACAAUUCAAGGAGAAACAUGUGCUGCCUUUGAUUAAGUUAUAUGAGAGGUACAAUUCUAGCGCUAUUAAUGAUGGAGAUCUCCAAAAUUGGGCAGAGUUAAUAGAUAGAGAUAUUAGGAUACUUGAAGGAACGAUAAACAUUUUAGAAGAGGAACAUCGAAGUGAGAACCAGAAAGAUUAG